AUGUUGAGCAAUUCAAAAGAAUGCGACAGCCAGGGAAAGCCCAUUUUGUCAUUUUCAGUUGAAGAGAUCUUAAAGAAACCUUCCACUAAAGCCUGCCUUCACAGUACAGCAAUCUGCAGGAACCGUGUUGAGGCUGCUCAAAUCUUGGGAUCUGAACCAGUUUUAGAUAUGUCAAAGGAUGAGAAGAAAGGGAAACGCAGAAUGAGGACCACAUUCACUGCAGAGCAACUCCAAGAACUAGAAAGGAUCUUUCAAAUUACACACUACCCAGAUGUCCACAUCCGCAACCAACUGGCAUCAAAGAUCAACCUCCCCGAAGCCAGGAUCCAGAUCUGGUUCCAGAACCAGCGGGCAAAGUGGAGGAAACAUGAAAAAUUUGGCAAUUUUGGUGGCCUUCAGCAAGUUACUGAAGCUGAUUUCAUUCCAGUCCCGAAGUCAAAUCCCUGUCUAAUGCCCAGCUACCUAUUUGAUACAAGUUUCACUGCAAGAUAUUACACAUCAAGCCAAGGGCCUUCUGCAUCUACUUGGCUGCCAAAUGUGGUACCCUUGCACAUGGACCCUAUAACGUCCUCGAAGCCUUAUCUGCUCUUUGAUUACUUCCCACCAUACAUCGUCCCUUCUGUACCCCUGAAGGAAGCCUGGAGCCACAUCUGUGCCAAUUUGACAUAGAAAAUGAUGAAAUGCUUAGAGGAAAAGCUCUGGUCUUCUAAACAGAGACAUCAUCAUCGCUGAGAAAAUGUUGCACAGUGGCUAGAAUUUUGGAUGUGGGUCACAGAGAUCACCAACUGACCAUAAAGUUCUCUGGUUAACCUUGAGACAGCCAAUUUUACUGCACCUAGCUAUAAGGUUAGGGAAAGUUGAAGGC